GUUGCAGGGUACUCUUCCAGCCUUUGGGUAGCGCACGUCCAAGCUUGUCAUAUUGCAAAUGUGCCCCCACAUUCCUUUAACAGCGGACCAAUGGGGAGCUCGUUAUUUUACCCCCAGUAACAUUCUCACCAAUCACUAACCUGCAAUCAGUACUUCCUUGUCGCCGUCAAAAUGUGGUCUAUAUUGGCACUGGAGGUUAAGAUGGCGCAACAUUUGAAAGCCUGCUUCGUUGCUUGCAAAGUUUCAUGGACUGAUUUACAAGCACUGUGUCGUCGGGCGAGGGUAGCGUGUAUCGAGCUUGAGGUGAACAAAGGUAGCUUCAAUGAAUAUGAAGUGGAAUAUGUCGCUGACUACAUGAAGCAAAAUGGAAAGGAGUACUUCUUAAUAAAAUGGAAGGGCUAUUCGGAGUCCGAGAAUACCUGGGAGCCGCGCAAGAACCUGAAAUGUCCAAAGCUCCUGAAAGUAUUCAUGUCCGACCUGGACGCAGCACUUCGGCGCCCAAAGGAAAGGUGGAGGUUCGAGGACUCUAUAGAACUGGACCAGAAGGCUGUCGGUUACCUGAUCCAGAAAGCCAAGCAGCGCCAGAUACUCAAGUGCUGGGAAACUCGGAUAAACAAGAGCAGCCGUCAAAACGGUCGUAUCUACGUACAAAACGAUGUGGACCUGGAAGGAAUGCCCCAAGACUUCACCUACAUCGACGACUACAGGGUAGGUGAAGGUGUGGAGAUAACACCAACGGCUGUGGGCUGUGAAUGCAAAGACUGUUUCAGGGACCCCGUGGCUGGCUGUUGCCCUGGCCUCGCGCAGCAUCGACUUGCCUACACUGACAGAGGAGUGGUGCGCGUGCGACCCGGUGAGCCCAUCUACGAGUGCAAUUCGCGCUGCAGAUGUGGUCCUGACUGCAUCAACCGGGUAGUGCAAAGGGGGAUUCAGUAUGACCUGUGCAUCUUUAGGACGGACAAUGGUCGUGGCUGGGGAGUGCGCACUUUGGACCGAAUCCUGAAGAACACAUUCGUCAUGGAGUAUCUUGGGGAGAUCAUCACAACAGAAGAAGCGGAGAGGAGAGGGGAAGCCUAUGACAGCCAAGGCGCCACUUACCUGUUUGAUCUCGACUAUGUGGAGGAUGUGUUCACUGUUGAUGCAGCCAAUUACGGCAAUGUAUCCCAUUUUGUCAACCACAGUUGUGAACCCAACCUGCAGGUAUAUAAUGUUUUCAUCGAUAACCUUGAUGAGAGACUACCCAGGAUCGUGUUCUUUGCCACCCGCUACAUCAAGGCUGGGGAGGAGCUGACUUUCGACUAUAAAAUGCAAAUUCAGUCUUUACCACAGUUGACCCAGUUGAUGCAGAGAGCUCAAAGAUGGACUUCAGCCUGGCCACUGUGGAAGGGCCCUCCAGGAAACGCAUGCGUGUGGAGUGCAAGUGUGGUGUGGAGUCCUGUCGCAAAUACUUAUUUUAACAGGAGCAGAAGAAGAGGACAAGGUCUUGAGGCCCUGAGAAGGGUGAAGUGUGAACUGAUCCAUCAUAGCAAAAUGUUUUAUAGUUCGGAAGUUAGGUUUUAAUGUUGAAUCCAUAUUUUUCUAAAGAUAUGUGCAAUUAUUUGUUCUGUGUGUGGUUUUUAUAUGUGUAUUGUUUUAUUGUGUAUAUAUAUGUUCUUUUUUUAUUGCCCCUUUUCUCAGAUUUGAAAAAUAAAAUAUGCUAGAUUCCCCAGAAUUCAAACAGAUAUAAGAAAACUUUUAAAAUUAUUUUAAGAUAGAACUGUAUGCAUUUUCAACUAACUGGCCAGUGUGAACAUGCUUUAAGAUACUGCCUGUGUCUAAUUUGCAUUCUUUAUUCUCAACAGUUUUUUCACUAAUGUCUCACUUUGCUCAACAUGGCAUAAGAAUUGGUGGCUUCAGACCAUUCUUGGUCUUUUAUUUAAGAAACAACUUUAAUGGUUCAUCUUAAAUGUAUCCUUUAAUGAUUUUCUAUAAAAUACAAGUAUUAUAGUUCUUU